GUAAAAAUUUUGUAAGUAAAAUUUUACAGGAAAGCACAUCCGGCCCAAGUGGUAAAAAUUUGUGGGAAUAUUUACGUAAAAUGAGAUGGCUACCUCAAAUAACCCACUCUACUUUUUGCUUUUUUUAUACUUUUUACGUAUAUGAGGAAUAUAUAAAUUUUGGAAUGCAAAAAAAAUUAAAAAGGCGAUUAAAAAAAGCUACUUUUUGGCGUAGAAAGAAAAACUAGAUGAGUUUGUUUUUUAGAAAGCCUGAAAUAUUUGCAUUAAAAAUUUUGCAUCAAAAUAAUAAGUAAAAAAAGGAAAAAGCUAAAAAAACAAGCCCAUAUUGGAAUCCAAGUCUGGAGAGGCUGAUGGAAGAGGAUAAAAGGAAUAAGUGAGGUAGCCAAAACAAAAUAAAUAUAAAUGUACAUAAAAGGUGGUAGAUGAUUGAUGAUAAAAUAAGAAUGGCUUUAAGGAUAUUCUUUUCUUUUUUUGAGGAAAAAGUAGACAAAAAAUAGUUUUAAUUUUAGUAAAAAUAUUAAAAUAGUAAUUUAAAAGACCUGCUUUUAUGUAUUUUCAGCCGGUAGUUGAACAUCGUAACGUGCCAAGUGUAAGAUUAACCAUAACACUUGUUCGUAACUUAAGCUUUAAAAUUCAAAAUUGUUUUAGGACUUAAUUUUAGUUUUUUUAAUUUUAUUACUCCCAAGACGACGAAUUAGGAGUUUUUGUCCAAUGGGACGAAUUAGAAGUUUUUGUUCUAUGGGACGAAUUAGGAGUUUUUGUUCUAUGGGACGAAUUAGGAGUUUUUGUUCUAUGGGACGAAUUAGGAGUUUUUGUUCUAUGGGACGAAUUAGGAGUUUUUGUUCUAUGGGACGAAUUAGGAGUUUUUGUUCUAUGGGACGAAUUAGGAGUUUUUGUUCUAUGGGACGAAUUAGGAGUUUUUGUUCUAUGGGACGAAUUAGGAGUUUUUGUUCUAUGGGACGAAUUAGAAGUUUUUGUUCAAUGGGACUAAUCCUAUGUGGGACGAGUUGAGGAGCAGCCAUUUGUUGUCCAAAAAUUUC